AUGCCGUAUGUUGUUCAAGCCGAGCAAAUGAGCUGGACAGCUCCGAAAUCGAUGCUGGUGGAUAUGACUUCGCCGCUGACUCUAACAACGACGAAUUUGCAGGAGUUGACUCUCAAUGAUAACGAUCUGCCGCAAGUAGACUUGAUUGACAAACGAAUUAAGCUUGUUGAGAAGAUCAGGAAGAGAACGGAAAUUGCAAAAGAAUAUCUGCAAUCAUCUUUCGUCACAGAACUGACAGAAUCACUCCGGAUCGCAGGAGUCAUUGUGUACCACAAGGAAUUUAUAAAAGCGUUUGAGGAAGACGGCUAUAUCGCGAAAGAUGGCGAUGAGGGUCUUUCGAUGGACGUGCUUCUUUGCCAGAUAUACCUCAGGGAACUAGAUGGAUGGCUUGAGGGACGAGUGGCAGAUCUGGAGCAUGAUGAGGAUCCUAAGAAUAUUAUCGCCACGACGGGGGGGCGGAGACGAAGGCGCAGGCUCGACAUGCUAUUUCCAUGA